GACGGCUAAACCCAGAGAGCAAGCUGAGCAAUCCAACAGGAAUAUUCACUUCUAACUUAUCUAAUUAAGUCUAAUUAGCUAUUUUUAAAUGUUUAUUCUCUUGAAAUAUGUGGAGGCUCAUAAAGCAAAGCAUCGUGUUUAAUUGUUUCAGUCACGGGGGAGUAGAGAAGAGCUAAAGAACUGAACACAUGGAGACUGAGUGGCAGCGGUGGACGGAGAGUCUGAGUGAUGAGGACAGCGACUCAGACGAGAUCCCGUACGGAAACCAAGAGAGCUGUGCCACUGACCUGUGUCACCACCCCCAGCUUGACGCAGACAUUGAAGCAGUCAGGACUUUGUAUUCAGUCUCUGCAGUCUCUGUCAGGGAGUACGGCUCCAUUGAUGAUGUGGAUGUUGACUUAAACAUCAAUGUCGGCUUUUUGGAAGAGAAAACAGCUGAAGCUUGGAAGAUUAAUAGAUCCGAGCCCAUCGUUAUUCGCCUCCACUUUUCUGUGUCUCAGUACCUGGAUGGACCUGCACCGUCGGUGGAGGUCUUUCAGCCGUCUAACACGGAUCAGUUCAGUUUAGGGAAACAACUGCAGACUAUUCUCUCGGUCUUCAUAUCUCGUGAGUGGAAGCACUUGACGAAUGAGAACACGGUGGUCCGACAGAAGAGGAGACACAGCUGGUUCAGACCCAGUGGAACCAUCAAGAAAUUCCGUGCGAGACUCAACAUCUGGCUACCGCAGUCGAAGCCAUGUGAGCACCAGCAACCACCUGCCAGGAGCAGGAUCAUUUUACCAUCACUGAAACUGAGCCGUCUCACAAAUCAUACAACUUCCUACACCAUCAAGAAUCCAGCCGGAGAGCUCUUCACGUACACACCCAGUGGAAAAAGGGUGAUGGUCUCCACUGUCAAAUCAUCGGCGCAGCUCAGCACCAAACAGCUGUUGGAGAUGCUCUUCGCCUCCCAGGCCAUAGCGCACUGCAAGACAACACCAACUCUGCAGCACGGCUUCUUGGUUCAGAUAAUGAGGUACGCCGAGCAGAGAAUCCCAACUCUCAGCGAAUACUGUGUUGUUUGUGACGAGCGGCAUUUGUUUCAGAAUGGCCCCAUGCUCAAGCCGGCAGUUUGCACCAGAGAGCUGUGUGUGUUCUCCUACUAUACGCUGGGAGUCAUGUCUGGAGCGACAGAAGAAGUCGCCACCGGUGCAGAGGUGAUCGACCUGUUGGUAGCCAUGUGCAGAGCCGCCCUUCAGUCUUCACGCAAGAGUCUCAUUUUUGAACCGUACCCUGCUGUUGUUGAUCCAAACAACCCCAAAUCUCUGGCUUUCAGUCCGAAGAGAAAGAGCUACGACAGGCUGCAGAAAGCUCUGGACAGUGUCCUGUUAGUCAGGAGGACGGCACAGGGUCCAUAUUCUGAGAUGAAGAAGCAGAUGGACAAAAUAGACCCCCUCGCUCAUCCCUUACUACAGUGGAUCUUGGCGAGCAAUAGAUCUCACAUUGUCAAACUUCCAGUGAACAAGCAACUCAAGUUUAUGCACACGCCGCAUCAGUUCCUGCUGAUCAGCAGCGCUCCAUCCAAAGAGGCUUCUUUUCGAGCCGCCAGGAAACUUUAUGGCAGCACCUUUGCUUUCCACGGGUCCCACAUUGAAAACUGGCACUCCAUUCUGAGAAAUGGGCUGGUUAAUGCCUCUUACACAAAACUACAGCUUCAUGGAGCUGCAUAUGGGAAAGGCAUCUAUUUGAGCCCUAUUUCAAACAUAUCUUUUGGAUAUUCUGAGAUGGGUAAAAGUCAGCACCAGAUACCAACCAAAGAAGAACUCCUGCAGAAAUACGACAGAGUAAACAAAAUCAAACAGGAACAGCCGGGGGAGGCCAGGUUUCUGCAAAGCAGCAACCUAAACUGCAUUACACUGUGUGAAGUGAUAACUUCCAAAGACCUUCAAAAACAUGGAAACAUUUGGGUGUGUCCAGUGUCCGACCAUGUGUGCACGCGUUUCCUCUUUGUGUAUGAAAAUGGUCAGGUGGGAGACGUCGACAUUAACACUCAGGAAGAGAAAAUCCAGAGGGAAAUAUUACAAGUAAUGGCUUCAAAACCAUGCUGAGAAAACCAGUCAUACACUUCUUUACUAUUUCAUAUCAUAAACAACCACUGACUGAGAAUAGUUUAUUUAUUUAUAUAUUUUGAUGCUGAAAUAUAUUAAAUUAGGCAUCUUCUGGUUUGACAGCAUGAAACAAUCCCUGAUAUUAAACUCAGAAGCUUUUGUUUCAGUGAAACGCACUCACUCAAGUGGAAGAAAAAAGACUGUUCUGUUAUUGGGGGCAAUGUUAUAAAUCUGGUCUGCUGCAUCAUGUAAAAGCUCCUCUGCCUUAUGUCCUAUUUUACAGUCUGUUGCACUCUCUAAUCUGGGUCUGCCCAGUCUCACAACAUUGUGCUACAUGGGUGUAUUUUGUAACUGUUUUGUAAUUUUUAAAUAAAUUUGUACCACUAAUUUUGA